AUGCAUGCGAAGCAUAAAUGGCGCCCUGCGCGCCUCGGCUAUCGCUGUUUCCGACGACUCACCUCAGGCCUCGCGCCUCGGUCGGCGGAUGCUCCCUUUCGGCUCGCCGUAGUAGGGUCCGGGCCUGCUGGAUUUUACACGACAUAUAGAGUUAUGAACAAGGUUCCUAACGUGAAAGUUGACAUGUACGAGGCGUUACCUGUGCCGUUUGGUCUAGUUCGUCACGGCGUUGCCCCAGACCACCCCGAAGUCAAGAAUUGCCAGGAUAAAUUUGAAGAGAUUGCAUCGUCCCCAAAUUUCAGAUUCCUCGGUAAUGUCGCCGUAGGCUCAAUGUCAAAACCAUCCUCGCCCGAUCAGUGCCGCAUUGAGCUGCAGCAGCUCUUGCGUAAUUAUGACUCCGUGCUCCUCACAUACGGCGCUUCUGAAGACAAGAAACUGGGCAUACCGGGUGAAUCUACUCUCAAAGGCAUAUACUCUGCAAGGCAAUUUGUUGGAUGGUACAAUGGUCUGCCAGACUGUGCCGGUCUGGAGCCAGAUCUCGGGGGUGACGAAGCGGUUGUCAUUGGUCAGGGCAAUGUCGCUCUUGACGUAGCCCGGAUGCUACUUGAAGAUGUCGAUGUGCUUCGGAAAACCGACAUCACGGAACAUGCGCUCGAACAGCUCGCGCAGAGCAAGGUGAAGAGAGUGCGUGUUGUCGGGCGUCGCGGUCCCAUGCAGGCGGCAUUUACAAUCAAAGAAGUGCGCGAGCUGAUGAAGCUACCAAAGGUUGCCUUCCAUUCUGUCGACAGAGCGCUGAUACCACAGGACCUCAAAUCACUGCCCAGAGCUCAGAAGCGGCUGAUGGAAGUGGUUGUAAAGGGCACCGCGACAACCCCCAAUGACACACCGUCAUCUUGGUCUCUCGAUAGCUGUUUGUCCCCAAAGCAUUUUCUGGCCCAAGCCCAAGACGCAACUCGAGUUGCGAGCACCGAGUUUGACGUCACGAAGCUAGAGUCCGUAUUUGACCCCAAAUCCCCAGUCAAACCAACCGGCGAGACAGUCAUUCUGCCGUCAGAUGUAGUGUUUCGCUCUGUCGGUUACAAAUCUGCGGCAUUGCACGGCUUUGCGGAAGCAGGGAUUCAGUUUGACGAACGUCGCGGUGUGGUCGACAACGAUGGCAUCGGCCGUGUCACCCGGCUCGUCUCAGACAGCAAUGACCGAGCAACCAGACAGCAGGUAUCAGGCAUAUAUUGUGCUGGCUGGGUCAAACUCGGCCCGACAGGCGUGAUUGCAUCCACUAUGAAUGAUGCAUUUGCCACUGGUGAUGCGAUUGUGAACGACUGGCUCAGUGGCGCAACCUUUCUACAAUCCGAUGGCAAAGCCGCUGGAUGGAAUGGCAUUCGCGGCGAAGACGGCACGGUCAACGCAGACAAAGCAAUCGACUGGGAGAAUUGGCGACAAAUAGACAAGGUCGAAAAGGAAAAGGGACGCGUCAAGGGUAAGGAGAGAGAAAAAUUCACAAGCACGACACAGAUGUUAUCGAUCAUCCAUUGA